GAACCUGGAGAGAGUUCUGGAGGUCAAAGAACAUGAUUUUGGUGUUGUGGAGGAUGUUUGUUCUGUAGAACGGGAGUGGCGUGCAGGAUUGUGAAGGGGAGAGUUAGCUCCUUGACAAAUAAGAAAUAUAUUUGGCUGACUUAUUUAAAGAGUGCCAGUUGGUCUAUAGGGAGAGGGCAAUGUAAGAGUAGGACAAAUAAUUAAAAUCACUGGAUAAAUACGUUGGCUUUUGCGGAGACACUUGGAAACUUUUUGAGUCGUUAAAGAGUUACAGUUAUGCUGGAUGGCACCGAGGAAUUCCCUACAGAAAGACUAGGCCUUUCCAAAAGCAAGUGAAUUAGAUUUGCAUGGUCAGAAUGAUUGCGAGUAGUCAAAACCACAAAAUAUUCUUUUAAAAAAUGGCAGGAUUCGGAUUCGGUCACAUAACCCCAAAUGUCCCCUCCCCUCAGCCAGCCACCGCCUCCCGCCCCACCCAGCGUAGCACUGAUCCAUCAUAAUGGAAUUACAAGGUGAACAUUAUUGUCUUAACUACCAGGCCACACAGUAUCACUUUGCCAGAAACUGUUCAUAUAGGAAAGAGUUGAAGAGAACUCAGAAAAUACAAACAUUGUACACUGACUGAUGCACAGCUUUUACUUUUCAUCUUUCGAUCUGGAAUGACCAUUUAAUGUUUUACUCUUUGUGGCAGUAAACUUGGUUUCCAAACAUUUCCAAACAUUGUUAAUCGCACACCCUACCAGUAACACACAUUCGAGCCUGCACGGUCCAAAUAUUGUAUACUUAAUUAUGGGUAAUGUGUGAAUAGCACUAUAAAUAUCGAGUAUACAAAAAUAUAUUUAAAAGGAUAAAAAAAAUUUCUCAACGGGACAUUCCCAAACUAUUUUGAAGACCAGCUAAAGUCAUAAAGAUAUGUUGAGUCGAUUGUCAGGAUUGGCACAUGUUGUUUUGCACGAAAUAUCAGGAGACUACACUGAUCAGAAUGAGAGGCUGGUAGAUGCUGAAAAUUCCCAAACACCGGAUAUGGAAAUUAGUGAUACAACACAAGAUGAUGUUCUGAAGCGCCUGGCUGAUGCAGAACGCUUAGUAGCAGAACAGAAAGUAAUCAUUAGACAGAAGGAAAUUCAACUACAAGAAAAGGAUGAACUUCUACAGGAAGAAAGAAAAAUUUCUGAUAAAAAGAUCAAAAAAUUGAAACUCCAUGCGAAGGCCAAAUUAACCUCUUUGAAUAAACAUAUAGAAGAAAUGCAGGCUCAAGCAGGGACUGUUCUGCCAACACAAUCUCAUUCAGAAGAGCCAUUUUUCAAGGAUGAGAAGAGUUCUGCAGAGGAAAUAAUGGAAUUGGAUAAGAUAAAAUGUAAACUCAAGGAGAAGGAAGAACUAAUUAGCAGUUUGAAAGACCAGCUAACCCAAGCACAGGCAGAACAAACUACACUGUUUGAUAACAGUUCUACAGACACGGAAGAAUUUGUAAUGAUGAAACAACAGCUCCAAGACAAAGAAGAUAUUAUCAGUACCUUGCAAGCCCAGCUUAGCCAGACACAGGCAGAGCAGGCUGCUCAGUUGAGUUCCAUGCAGCAGGUGGUCCGAGAAAAAGAUGCCCGCUUUGAAACACAGGUUCGUCUUCAUGAAGAUGAGCUUCUUCAGUUAGUAACCCAGGCAGAUGUGGAAACAGAGAUGCAACAGAAAUUGCGGGUGCUGCAGAGGAAACUUGAAGAACAUGAAGAAGCCUUGUUGGGCCGUGCUCAGGUUGUUGAUUUGCUGCAGCAAGAGCUGAGUGCAGCUGAGCAGAAAAACCAGAGUCUAUCUCAGCAGUUACAGCAGAUGGAAGCUGAGCAUACUACUUUAAGGAACAUUGUAGAAACAGAAAAGCAGGAGUCUAAACUUCUGAUAGAAAAGAUGGAACUUGAGGUGGCAGAGAGAAAAUUAUCUUCUCAUAACCUGCAGGAAGAAAUACAUCAGCUUCUAGAACAACUGGAGAAAGCAGGUCAAGUCCAGGCUGAACUACAGUCCAGAAACAAUGCUUUGGAACAGAAGCACAAUGCAGAAAUGGAAGAAAAAAACUCUCAUAUUUUGAAUCUUCAAAAGAAUGAACAAGAACUGCACUCUAUCUGUGAUGCGCUGAAAGAAGAAAAUUUAAAGCUUCUCCAAGAUAAGAGUGAACAGGCAGUUCAUUCAGCCCAAACCAUUCAACAGUUGGAAAAUCAACUCCAGCAACAAUCCAAAGAAAUGAGUGAAUUUCUGAAUAAACCAAAACAUGAAAUAGCAUCUCAGACGACUUCUCCAGAUGUUUAUAAUGAGGGCACAGAGGCCAACAUGGAGGAGAACGUUGACUUACUACAGAAGAGAGUAGUAGAAUUAGAGAAUGAAAAUAAAGCCUUGCUUCUUAGUUCUACAGAGCUUCAGGAGCUAAAAGCUGAGAACGAAAAACUAUCUUCUCGGAUUACUCUCCUGGAGGCUCAGAAUAAACUUAGUGAGAGAGAUACAGAGGUCAAUGAGAUCAGUUUGGAUGAUACUAGCAGACUCAAUAAGAGCAAUCUUCCUACUGAGGAAAGUGGACAAGAUGUUCUUGAGAACGCAUUUUCUCAAAAGCAUAAAGAACUAUCUGUUUUAUUGUUGGAAAUGAAAGAAGCUCAAGAGGAGAUUGCGUAUCUGAAGUUGCAGCUUCAAACAAAGAAAGCUUCAGGGGACCCUGAAGUCAAUGACCAGAAAGAAAUAAAAGAGACAGAGGCUGAAGAAAUACCCCCAGUCAAAAUGAAAAUAUUGCUUGAAAAUACAGCACAACAUUUCCCCCAAGUGCUAAAUGAAGAAAGCAGUCUUCCAACAAGUGAGGAAGUGCAAGAGAGCAUGACCCAUCAAAAUGGAGCAUCUGAGGAUACAGCUCUAAAUGAUUCUGCAAUAGAAUUGAAAUUAGCAAAGCAGAAUGAUGCCGAGAAAGUCCCACCUCAAGUACCAGGCAUUUUUCAGGAUGAAUUGGAAAGGCUAAAAAGUCAAAUUUUGGAGCUUGAAACAAACCAUAGCAAAGCAGAAGAAAUCUAUGAGAAAAAUUUAGAUGAGAAAGUGAAAGAAAUAAGUCACUUAACUCAGCUGAUUGAAGAGUUUAAGAAAAAUGCUGAAAACACCAGAAAUGAAUUCACUAUUUUGUCUGAAGAAAGAGACCAGCUUCUUUCUCAGGUGAAGGAACUUGGCAUGAUAACGAAACUAAGAACCCAGAUACAACAGCUAGAAGUGAACCUGGCCGAAGUAGAAAAACAAAAAAGUGUUGACUGUGACAAACAUGCUACUCAAUACAACUUGCUAACUGAACAGAUCCACAGCCUCAACAUAGAACACAAAUCUAAGGAUGUGAAAAUUGAAAUUUUACAGAAUGAACUGGAUGAUGUGCAGCGUCAUUUCUCUGAACAGGCUACCUUGGUAAAAAGCCUGCAAAAUGAGCUGCAAAAGAAGGAAAGUGAAGUGCUUGAGGGAGCAGAACGUGAGAGUGAUCUCUCAAAUAAGGUGGAAGAACUUUUACAGGAUGUGUCACAUAAGGAACUUCAAAUAAGCAAAAUAGAGCAACUUUUAUUAGAGAAAAAUAGAGAUGUAGAAACCCUCCAACAAGCUAUUGAAGAGAAGGAUCAGCAAGUCACAGAAAUUAGCUUUAGUAUGACUGAGAAAAUGGUACAACUUAAUGAAGAAAAGUUCUCUCUUGGAGUGGAAAUUAAAACUCUUAAAGAACAGCUGAAUUUAUUAUCCAGAGCUGAAGAAGCAAAAAAAGAGCAGGUAGAAGAAAAUAAAGAAAUUAUUUCGGGUGAAUUGAGCCCAGCUGGGCUAGUAAGUAAAGAAGAACUUCAGCAUGAAUUAGACCUUGUAAAAAAAGAAAGUGAGCUGCGAAAAAGAAAGCUCCAGGCAGCUCUUCUUAACAGAAAAGAACUUCUGCAGAGAGUUAGUAGAUUAGAAGAGGAAUUGGCUAAAGUGAAAGAUGAAUAUAGGAGUGAGAAUGAGAACAGCAAAAUGGAUGGAGAUAAAGAAAGCAAAGAAGAUCCAGGAAAAUGUAUAGCUUCUAAGUGCCAAGAAGUAGAAAUUUCUUUAAAACAGACAAUAUCAGAAAAAGAAGUGGAAUUAGAUCAUGUAAGAAAGGAUUUGGAAGAAAAGGUAGCAGCCGAGGAACAAUUACAGGCUAUGCUCAAACAGGUAAAUCAAACUUUGAAAGAGAAAACCGACCAGAUAGAUCUGCUCCAAGGAGAAAUCCUUGAAAAACAAACAGUUAUCCAGAAGUUAACCAUCAGUAACAAGGAAGCAGGCAAUGGGAGCUCAGUAGCACCUGUAAAAGAAACAGUGGCCAUCAGUCCACCAGGUACAGGUAGUGGAGAACAUUGGCAGCCAGAACUAGAAGAAAAAAUAUCGAGCCUGGAAAAAGAAAAGGAGCAACUUCAAAAGAAGCUUGAGGAAGUGUUGACCUCUCGCAAGGUGAUUCUCAAAAAAGCACAGGAAAAAGAAAAACAUCUUAGGGAGGAACUGAAACAACAGAAAGAUGACUAUAAUCGCUUGCAAGAACAGUUUGAUGUGAAAAGCAAGGAAAAUGAGAAGAUUGGAGACCAAUUAAGAGAAUUUCAGGCUGAAGUAAGAGAAUCUAUAGAUAGAAAAGUUGCAAGCACUGACCAGAAGGAGCCAGGCUUGACCACUCAAGGUUCAGAAGAACCUUUAUUCAAAGCCACCGAGCAGCAACCUGCACAAUCUACUUCAGAGUCUGCCAUAAGCCCAGACUGGCCUCCUCAUCCUGAGGAUGCAAACGCUCAGCAGAUUAAGGCCCAAAUGAAAGAAAUAGAGGCCGAGAAAGAGAAAUUAGAAUUGGAGAUUAGUUCUACAGCAAAUGAGCUAACUAAAAAAUCAGAAGAGGUAUUGCAGUUACGAGAGCAGGUCAGUCAACAGGGCUUAGAAAUCCAGAGACUGAGUACCGCUUCCUAUGAAGCUACAGCCCAUGCAGAAAGCCUGAGAGAGAAAUGGGAGCAUUGUCAACUAGAAAUCGCUGAACUGGAACAUUUAAGAGAAUUACAACCUGCCCUAGAUGAACUGCAAAAUGUCAUAAGCAAAAAAGAGGAGGAGGUUAGAUACCUGUCUGGGCAGCUUAGUGAGAAAGAAGCAGCCCUUAUGAAAGUACAGACAGAGAUAAUGGAACAAGAGGAUUUAAUUAAGGCUCUGCACACACAGCUGGAGAUACAAGGGAAAGAACAUGAUGAAGUGAUAAAGCAGUUACAGUCGGAAAUUUGUGAAGUAAAUCAAAAACUACAUGACAGUGAAACAAGUAAAACAAAGGAACAGAUACAAAGGAAACUACAAGCUGCCCUUAUCUCCAGAAAAGAGGCACUAAAAGCAAACAAAGGUCUCAAAGAGGAGUUGUCUGUGGCCCAAGAAACCAUUGAACAUCUCACAAAGUCUCUGGCUGAUGUGGAAAGCCAAGUUUCUGCUCAAAAUAAAGAAAAAGACACUUUCAUAGUAAAAUUAGCUCAUCUUCAGGAAGAAAGAGACAAACUCAUUACCGAAAUGGACAGAUCCUUGAUGGAAAAUCAGAGUCUCAGUGGCUCUUGUGAAAGUCUGAAGUUCGCUCUCGCGGGUGUAACUGAAGACAAGGAGAACUUACUGAAGGAAAUGGAAUCUCUGAAAUGUUCCAAGAUUGCGGAAAGCGCCGAGUGGCAAGAAAAACACAAGGAGUUACAAAAAGAGUAUGAAAUUCUUCUGCAAUCCUAUGAGAAUGUUAGUAAUGAGGCAGAAAGGAUUCAGCAUGUGGUCGAGACCGUGAGGCAAGAGAAGCAAGAAUUGUACAGCAAGCUGCGGAGCACAGAAACAAACAGAAAAGAGACAGAAAAACAGUUGCAGGAAGCCCAAGAAGAAAUGGAGGAAAUGAAAGAAAAGAUGCGAAAGUUUGCUAAAUCCAAACAACUGAAGAUUCUUGAGUUGGAAGAAGAGAAUGACCAGCUGAGGGCGGAGGUCCACCCCACAGGGGGCCCGUCUGCCGAUUGUGCGGAAGGCCUUCGUGCUUCCAAUGCCAGCAUGAAGGAGGAGUUAGAUAGGAUCAAAACUGAGCAUGAAACCCUUUCUAAAGCGUUUGAAGCUUUAAUGACUGAGAAGGACAUUCUAAGUGAGGAGGUGCGAAAUUUAAAGCAUCAGAUGGAGGAUAAUGUAUCCAAACAAGUUAGUUAUUUAGAGCCCAUGGAGAAACAUGACAACCAAAUCACUGCCACUGAAGAGGCUACACAGCUUGGCCCCGAUGAGGCUAAUGAGCAAGACUACCAGAAUGUGAGCACAAGGCCUGAGAAUUCUGAAUCAAUUCUGUCAGAAAACACUAUCAAGCCUGAGAGAUGUGAGGAUGUCAGCACUCAUGAUGACAGUAACAACUACGUACAGCACACUGAAGAAAGAAUUGCAGAAUUGGAGGAAGAAAGGUGGAAAGAAAAAGAAUUUGUCCAGACUUUAGAAAAAGAGAGAAAUGCUCUCCUCAAUGAACUGUCUGCAAAAGAUGAUGAACUAAAAAUGCUUCAGAAGGAGCUAGCUGAAAUAAACCUGUUAUAUCAGCAAAUCCAAGAAGAACUUACUAGAGUUACCAAGCUAAAGGAGACAGCAGAAGAAGAAAAAGAUGAUUUGGAAGAGAGGCUUAUGAAUCAAUUAGCAGAACUGAAUGGAAGCAUUGGAAAUUAUCAUCAAGAUGUUACAGAUGCACAAAUGAAAAAUGAGCUACUAGAAUCUGAAAUGCAAAACCUUAAAAAGUGUGUGAGUGAACUAGAAGAAGAAAAACAGCAGUUAGUUAAGGAGAAAACUGAGGUUGAAUUAGAAAUGCGAAAGGAAUAUUUAGAAAAAAUACAAGGUGCUCAGAAAGGACCCAGCAAUCAAAGUCAUACAAAGGAACUUCAGGAGCUUUUAAAAGAGAAACAGCAAGAAAUAAAGCAGAUGCAGAAGGACUGUAUCAGGUACCAAGAGAAAAUUAGCGCUCUGGAGGGAACUGUUAAAGCCCUAGAAUUUGUUCAAACUGAAUCCCAAAAAGAAUUGGAGAUAACCAAAGGAAAGCUUGCUCAGGCUAAUGAACACCGCAAACAGGCAGAGACAGAAUUAGCUAGCUUCAAAGUAUUGUUAGAUGACACUCAAAGCGAAGCAGCAAGGGUCCUAGCAGACAAUCUUAAAUUGAAAAAUGAACUUCAGUCAAAUAAAGAGUCAAUAAAAAGCCAAAUGAAACAAAAGGAUGAAGAUCUUGAGCGAAGCCUCAAACAGGCAGAAGAAAAAUACCUGAAAGAGAAGAAGAAUAUGCAAGAACAACUGGAUGCUUUCUAUAGAGAAAAAGCCCAGUUAGAAGAGACUUUUGGAGAGAUUCAGAAUACUUUGAACAAGAAAGACAAAGAAGUUAAACAGCUUCAGGAAAACUUGGAUAGUACUCUGGACCAACUUGCAGCUUUCACUAAGAGCAUGUCUUCCCUCCAGGAUGAUCACGACAGGGUGACAGAUGAAGCCAAAAAAUGGGAGAGGAAGUUCAGUGAUGCAAUUCAAACCAAAGAAGAAGAAAUAAGACUGAAAGAGGAGAACUGCCAUGUUCUAAAGGAUCAGCUUAGGCAGAUGUCCAUCCAUAUAGAAGAGUUGAAGAUUAACAUUUCUAGACUUGAACAUGAUAAACAGAUUUGGGAGUCUAAGGCCCAGACAGAGGUCCAACUUCAACAGAAAGUCUGUGAUACUUUGCAGGGGGAAAACAAAGAACUUUUGUCCCAGUUGGAAGAGACUCGACAACUGUACUACAAUUCGCAGACUGAAUUAGCUAAGUUGGAAUCAGAAUUUAACAUUCUCAGAGACCAGAUGACUAAUCUAAAUGAAUCUUUAGAAAAAUAUAAGGAAAAUAAAGAAAGUUUAGAAGCAAUUAUAAAGCAGCAAGAGUCUGAUAUCCAAAAUUCUAAGAUCAGUUCUGAACAGCUAGAAACUGAUCUUCAGGCCUCCAGACAACUGGCCAGUAAGCUGCAUGAAGAAAUAAAUAUGAAAGAGCAAAAGAUUAUAAACCUGCUUUCUGCCAAGGAACAGGCAAUCCAAGAAGCCAUUGAUGAAGUUCAUCAUCAACAUGAUAAAGAAAUUAAAGAAUUGGAAAAUUUGCUAUCCCAGGAGCGAGACGAGAAUGUUGUCUUAGAAGAGGAGAACAAAACAGCUCCUCACAAAACCAGUCAGCUUAUAGAAAUACUGAAAAACAUCAAGCAGGAAAACAUGCAGCAGAAAGCUCAGUUGAAUUCAUUUGUUAAAUCCAUGUCUUCUCUCCAGGAUGAUCGAGACCGCAUAGUUGGUGACUACCAACAGCUGGAAGAAAGACACCUAUCUAUAAUCCUGGAAAAAGAUAAAUUGAUCCAGGAUGCUGCUACGGAAAAUAAUAAAGUCAAGGAAGAAAUUCGAUGCUUGAAAGGUCAUAUGGAUGACCUCAAUGCUCAAAAUGCCAAGUUAGAUGCAGAACUGAUCCAAUAUAGAGAAGACCUGAACCAAGUGAUUACCAGAAAAGAUUGUCAGCAAAGGCAACUCCUUGAAGCUCAGCUUCAGCAGAAUAAGAAGCUGAAAAGUAUGUGUGCUCAGUUAGAAGAAAAACUGAAGCAAUCUGAGGAAGCAAAGGAGGAUCUGCAGAGGUCUUCAGUUACCUUACAGGAGGAGAAGCAAGCUUUAUCUAAAGAGAUUGAGAGCUUACAAGUAUCUGCAUCCCAACUACAGGCCCAAUUAAAAGUAAAAGAAGAAGAGAUACAAAGGCUAAAUACUGUGCUUUCCUCCUCUCAGAAGAGAAUUGCAGAACUGGAAGAGGAAUUAGUUCAAGUCCAGACAGAAGCUGCCCAGAAGAUAGAGGAAAUGGAAGAUAAACUGAAUAAAGAGUUAAAACAUUUUCAUCAUGAUGCAGGAAUAAUGAGAAAUGAAACUGAAACAGCAGAGGAAAGAGUGGCAGAGCUCGCAAGAGAUCUGGUAGAGAUGGAACAGAAACUACUCACAGUCACCAAAGAAAAUGAAGAUCUUAAAGCACAAAUCCUGUCUUUUGGAAAGUCCAUGAAUUCUCUUCAAAAUAGUAGAGAUAAUGCCAAUGAGAAGCUAGAUGAAAUGCAGAGAAAACAUGAUGCCAAUCUGAAGGAAUUGGCACAGAUGAGAGAAGAACAGGGUCUCAUAAACAGAGAACGAGAAUCUCUUGUAUCUAAGGCUGCUUUUCCCACACACUCUACUGAAUGUAACUGCUUUUCUCAACUUGAGAAACUUAACCUACAGCUUUCAUCCAAAGAUGAGAAACUGCUUCACUUAUCGUCAAAACUAGAAGAUUCUUAUAACAAAAUGCAAUCCUUUUCCAAGACAAUGGCCAGUCUACAGAAGGAAAGAGAUCACCUGUUAAAUGAACUGGAGAAAUUCCACAAAUCAGUGGAAGGGAAGAAGAGAUCUGCAGUCCAGCCUGCAUCCAGCCAGGCUGAAGUAAAAAGCUUGAAGAAAGCUAUGUCAUCACUCCAAAAUGACAGAGACCGACUACUGAAAGAAUUAAAGAAUCUGCAGCAGCAGUACUUACUGAUUAACCAAGAGAUCACUGAAUUACGUCCACUGAAAGCUCAACUUCAGGAAUAUCAAGAUAAAACAAAAUCAUUUCAGAUUAUGCAAGAAGAGCUCAGACAAGAAAACCUCUCUUGGAAACAUGAGCUGCAUCAGCUCAGGAUGGAGAAAAAUGCCUGGGAAGUUCAUGAGAGGAGAAUUAAGGACCAGUACCUUAUGGCUCUUUCAGAAAAAGAGCGGCAGCUUUGUCACCUGCAAAACCUGCUGAGGGAAUGGAGACCUCCUUCCUCCCAGACUGAGACUCUCAACGAGCAAUACCAAACACAGGCUUCUUCAGAAACAACUUCUGUAGAUGGGUCACAAGAUCUCGUUUGUGAGACUGAAGUUCUUAGAAAUCAACUCAAUGAUGCUUUAAAGGAAAUUCACCAAAAGGAUUUAAGAAUUCAGCAGCUAAACAACAAGUUUUCUCAGCUAUUAGAAGAGAAAAAUACUCUUUCUGUUCAGCUUGGUGAUACCAGUCAGAGUCUUCGUGAGAACCAACAGCACUACAGUAACCUUUCUAAUCACUGUGCAGCUUUGGAGAGGCGUGUUCAAGAGCUGCAAGUGGCAUCCCAGACUACAGAUGAUACUCACAGGAAAAAUAAUAAUGGAGAUCUGAAGGAACCACAGCUCAGUGUUUCUGAAGCUCACCAUCAAUUGAGCAACAUUCAACAAGAGGUAAACGAAUUGAGGAAGCAGAUGGAAGAAGAACAAGACCGAAGAUUGGCUGCUGAGUCUGCCCUGUCCGCAGCGGAGGAGCAGAUCCAGCGGUUGAAGCCCAGCGAAUGGGACUCUGCCCGGACUCCUCUCAUUGGCUCCUGCGGCUUCCAGGAGCAGACAGUGCUAAUAGAUACUCCAGAGAGCAGUUAUCGAAGGUUCCGGAAUGGAGCAGGAUGGAAACGGAUCCUGCGUUCUUUCUGUUAUUCCCGGGCCCGAGUGCCACUCCUGGCAACCAUCUACUUUGUGUUGAUUCAUGUACUGCUCUUCCUGAGUUUCACAGGCCAUCUAUAACCCUAGUUCUUACCCUUUGCACCCUUACCCUGAAAACCUCCACUACCCUCAAAACCUGGCAUUCUCAUAACACCAAGUCUUCUCAUUUACAGGUGAUCUCUCCUAAUGUCCACAGAAAGUGCCUAGAAAAAACAGAGGCCAGUAUAUGAGCACAGGUUAGAGCCACACGGAUCAGCAAAUGUGCUUCUUCUACUAUGUAGGGCCUGACACCUCCUGCAUAGUCUGAAGUGGCCCCACAGUUGGGCUGUUGAGCCCAAUAUUUGUUAAGGUUUUUCACUGCCCUGACCACUUGCAACUCCUGAAAGAUACUAAAGAAUAUCUGUCAGUCAGGAGGAUGAUUCCAAGAAACCUAACAACCUGAAGUUCAUUUUUGAGUGAUACUUUUUAGAUUGACUUGUUCAUCUUAAAUAUUUUCUCCUGCUACAGGGAAAGGUAGUCCUGUCAUAAAGUUCUGGGAAACAUCAUUUCAUAGGAUAUCUGAUUAGGUCUCUUCCAGAAUAGGGUGGACCUAAUGAACUCCUUUCCUAGAUGUUCAGACGUAAUUAGAAGGAGAUUUGUAUUCAUGGACUUUAAAGAUAACAUCCAUUGCUUAUGUCCUUGAUCCCGUGUAUACUAAGGCAUAGUAAGUCACCAUACUUUUCCUUUCACUGAAAGGCAGGAAGAAUGGUUAUAAACAAGGAGUUUGAGGUUCUUAUUCUCAUUUCACCUGGCUAUACCACAAAUGUGAACAUUGACUCUCAGCCGGGGAGAUCUCACUGGUCAAGGCGGCCACCUCUAACCUCUACACACUAAAAGCAUCUUUGCUGUUGGUGACCAAUAUUAUUCCAGUGUCUCGGCCUCACAGUCGUCUGUCCUCUGUGGUAACAGAGCUGAGGAAAAUGGGAGGAGAUUAUAGAGAAGAUGAAAAUAUUCAAAUCUAGACUUGAGAACAACCACCAGGACUGACUUCCAUUUGUGCCUAUUCGUUCUCCCCUCCCCUUUCCCCUGCUUCCCCUGCUUCCCCUGCUGGUUAUUUUCUCUUUAUGCCCAUGAUGUGUCCCGGCCUGCUGUUAGCACCCAAAGAAAACAGAAAACUGGGGAUUGACUGAAUCUAUGCUAAUCCUUUGUGAUGACCAAAUCUUGGUCACAGCAACCCCAGGAACUUUCCUGAACAGUUGUAAAGAAUAAAAUUAUUUUCAGAAUGAAAAAAUAUCUCA